GAUCGUUUAGCUUUCAAGUCUCAAAUGAACGAACAGAGAUCAGACGCCAAGAGUCAUCAAUCAACUAUCACUUCUAACUUUAAGUCUCCUUAUCUCUAUACUUCACAAUGAUGGUGAAGAAUCUGGAAAGCACAAAUUAAAACACUCGGACAACUAGGUUCCAUCGAUUACCUCUCCAAGCAUGUCGCUUGAUCAGGGAUUCAAGAAGGAAGGUUCCAUUUGACACACAAAUGUACUUUUAGCAGGAUAAUCGCUUGAGAAGGAGUCAAGAUCGGGUGUCUUGGAUCGAGGACGCCUUUGUCUCAGAAGAUAUAAGAAGGGGGGGUGGGUUGCCUUUUCCUUCUCUUCUUCAUCCACAUCAGUAUUUGCUUCUCAUUCCACAGUUCGUAGGUUCUUAGUUUUUUCCUCUCUCUUCGUAGAUAGUAUCAGUAGUUGAGCUUUUACCAACCUCUACAUUCGUUCUUUUCAUCGACUCACCUACUUUCACGACAACAACAACGCAAACAAUACCCGCCAUGUUCUCGUCCACUAUUGCGACUUUGCUUUUUGGCACCCUGUUCUCCCUUCCAGUUAUUUUCGCCGACACUCCUUACCUUGGUUGUGUCCUUACUACUGCUGCCAACGGUGCUGCAAGCGUAAGCAGUAGACAGAGCGACAGUGCCACUUGUGUCUCUUCCUGCGGUAACAGCAACUACCCUUAUGCCUUCUGGGUUGGUGCAAUCGUCCUCGGCAACAACUGCUAUUGUGUUUCCGAGGCCAAUUACAUCAGUGCCGCCAACUAUGUCGUACCAACUGGCUCCUCUACCGCAUGCGUCGCCAUCGUCCAGGCUGCCAGUUAUGCUACUUCAUCCACUUUCUCUUACGAAAACUGCUACGCUCCCUCUGGUCUUGUGUCGGGUGUGAUCAACACUGUCACCGGCGUCCUCGGUACCACUGUCUCUUCUCCUCGAGCUUGCUUUGAGCUCUGCGCCGGCACUUCGGACGCUUACUUCACUCCUUACCUCUUGGGUGGUAACACCCUCUCUCCUCGAUACGGAUGCUCUUGCGGUGACGAAACUGUUGUUUCUGGCUCUCCUUCCUACUGCGGUCUCGGUUCUUUCUACGCUUACAGUCACCCUGCCGCGGCGGCUGCUAGUUCUCUUCCCCGAAGGAAGCGUGCCAUCGAAAGGAUUCAAGCCCAGAAGAGGUCCGAGAUGAUCAGGGAGAGGCAAUGGGACUGCCCUACUGGCAUGAGCGCCUGUAACGUCGAUGGCGUAACCAACUCCUGGGAGUGUGUUGACCCUACUUCCGAUAUCGAAUCAUGUGGCGGAUGCACUUACGGCGAGUACAGCGCCAGCGGCAACGCCUCUGAAUCUACCGGUGUUGACUGUACUGCACUCCCCGGUGUACUCCGAGGCUCCGUCACCUGUUCCGGUAGUCGAUGUGAAGCCUUUGCUUGCAAGCGCGGAUGGACCCUUCGAAACGGCGAGUGCACCAAGUCUGUCACUCUCCAGCUGUAAAAUUUAUAUCGACGAAUAAAUGAUGCGGCAAAAAUCUGUAUCCCUUACUUAUAAUCGCGGACAUUAUUAUCAGAGACUUCUUAUCUCGUAUAAUUUUUCAGGCAUCUUUAGUCUCAGCUUAAUUUACCCGUUUGUACUAUACCAAUACCCAUGCGCAACCUUUGUAGAUUGCGAAUGAAAACGUUUGGAUAUCU